UGCCGAUUGUUUCGUCCCUUUCAAUACGCGAUGCCGUCCCCUCCUUUCUAUGAGAGAGAACACAUCGCUGUGAAGAAGCCAGAGCUUCCGCCAAAAGUAAGGUCUUUGGAGGAGUACGACGGGCCUCGAUGCUUUGCCAUACCGGGAAACCAUGAUUGGUUUGAUGGCCUGGACAUCUUCAUGAAGUACAUUUGUCACAAAAGCUGGCUCGGUGGGUGGAUGCUCCCGCAAGAACAGAGUUACUUUGCGCUCAAGCUCCCGCAAGGGUGGUGGAUCUUCGGUCUGGACCAAUCAUUGCUUAUGGAUAUCGAUAUCUUUCAGUUCAAAUACUUCUCCAACAUAGCAGACAAUGAGGUGGAAGACGACGGUGUCGUUAUACUUGUCACUCAUGAGCCUAACUGGCUUCUAGACUGGUAUUGGGAUAGAUCGACCGGGAAAAAUGUUACGUACCUGAUUCAGCAACACCUACGAGGCCGUUGUAAGGUUCGAUUCGCCGGGGACUUGCACUUCUAUUAUCGGCAUUCGGCGAGAAAUCCGUCAACGACCCAGGAUCUCUCUCGGAGUCAACCGAGCUCCCCGUCAAAGCUGUCGCCAUCAGUGUCAGCAUGGCCAUCGUUCACGAGAUGGCCACCAUCAUCGUCGACUGGUGUGUCACCGUCGUCAUCAAGACGACCAUCAGGACCCUUGCCACUGUACGAGCAGCUCGUCGUGAACGGAGGUGGCGGAGCAUUCAUGCAUCCAACUCACGUGUUCGAGUCCUUUGGCUCCUUUUCUGACUGUCCAUAUGAAAUGAAGGCAAUGUAUCCGUCGGUUCACGUCUCACAAGCGAUUGGGGUGCUGAACAUCUUGAAGUUUCGUGAAAAGAACUGGAGAUUCGACAUUGUUGGAGGGUUCGGUUAUUAUCUGGUUGUCUUCUCAUUGUUUCCGCAGGUGAGAUUGAGCUCCUUGUGCUCUCUUUUGUGAGGAGGAGGUGAUUUCCUGUAAAAUUAUAAACAACUCGGGUGGAUACUGGUUGAAAGCUUGGCACUUAAUCUCGCUGCUGUUUGGAUUCAGUAAAAUUGAGAUCAAUGA